AGUCGUGGCAGGCGUGGUUGAAGUUCAUAAAAAUAAAAAGGCAAUGUCAAUGUCACAUAGGUCAACCUUACUGACACAAUGAAGAGCGUUGUUGUUAAAUUUCUUCUGGCUGUAAAAUUAAAUUGAAAAUUGAAAAUAACAUAUAAACUUCGAUUUAUAUAAGAGGAAAUGAAUUCAUGAAUUAAAAAAAAUGUAUUUUUAUGAACGUUUUUGUUUGUGGCUCGGUCAUUUAAAAUUGUCUCGGGUUAUAAUUUUAGUGUCGGUGAUAUUAUUUGUUGUUCCACUAUUUACUCAUUAUUAUUUAUCUAAGUAUGAAACAACUCUGGGCUCAAUUGGGGGCAAUCAUAUGCGACAUACAUUGGAAGCACUUGGGGAUUUUUCCACCAUGAAUGUAGCUGAUCUUAAAAUCAGAAUUGAAGAAAUGUUGAGAAUUAAGGCAUCAGUAUCAACAGAACUACGAGAGCUUGAGGCACGCCGCGGGCGGCUGCAACGUGAAGCAGCAGCGGCGAGCGCCAAAGCCGACAGCGCUAAAGCCGAGCACGCGCGCGCCGCCGCCGAGCUGCAACGUCUGCGAGUGUCCGCUGACCAGGCACGACUGGCGCAACUCGAGGCCAGCCGACGAGACUCCCCUGAAUUAGCUCCACCCAAACAAAUCCUACCAUCGCGACCUCCACCUGUACUUGCCCCAUUAGAGAUGUCAUCUGAAGUCCACUGUCGCAUGUUCUCUUGUUUCGACCAUUCUCGAUGCUCUCUCACGUCUGGAUUUCCUGUUUAUUUCUACGAACCUGAUGUAUUCGCUCCACUGGCCGGCGCGGAGGUUGACGGGUUCCUAAAAACCACACUUCGCCAAACACUUGGCUACAACACCCAUCUUACACAAGAUCCAAAUGAAGCCUGCAUAUACCUCGUACUAAUUGGAGAAGCAUUUUCUUAUGAGAAAAAUACUGUGUCCACCACAGAAUCGUAUAAGAUGUACAUCAACGAGACUGCGAUCAAGACCUUGCCGUACUGGGGCGGGGACGGUCGGAACCACGUGCUAUUAAACCUUGCGCGGCGUUCUCUAUGGGUGGGCUCGGGAGACGCGUUAGUUGGGGCUUCUACUGGCCGCGCUAUGGUGGCGCAGUCGACGUUUCCAUUGACGAGAUUCCGGCCGGGAUUCGAUUUAGUGACUCCGCCGGCUCUUGGUCCUCCCGGCGGUGACGUGUGGGUCGAUUGUGCGCCCAUGGCGCCCGCUAGAAGGAAAUACUUGCUUAGUUUUCAGGGAUCACAACCGCCGGCGGUAGCUACAGACAAAGAUCUUGACAAAUCCCUGAUAGACUUCCUACAAAAAGUAGCGAGCGCGGCGCCUACUCAAGAUGCAUUUUUCUUACAAUUUGAAUGUGAUCCACCAGUAGAGAAGAAAUCGGUCCUACCGAUUGGAGACUGGGCACUAUGUGGCACAGAUAGAUCUAGAAGAGCUAUAUUACGCGAUUCCACUUUUGUCCUUAUAUUAGCUCCAGGAGACCGAAGUUAUACUACUACAGCGCUGUUACAAGCGAGACUGUACGAAGCGUUAAGGUCUGGAGCGAUUCCGGUGAUACUCGGAGGGGACAGGAUCCGUUUGCCCUUCGACGAGGUUUUAGAUUGGAGGCGGGUGGCCGUUUCUUUACCUAAAGCGCGUGUCACAGAAUUGCAUUUCCUACUGCGAGCGAUGUCCGAUGCUGAUUUGUUAGCGUUCAGAAGACAAGGGCGCGUGAUUUGGGAGAGAUAUUUGAGUUCGGUGCAAGCGAGUGUGGAUUCUUUGCUCGCAGUUAUAAGGAGCAGAUUAAAUAUUCCGCCGCGGCCGGCUGUGUCAGUGGUGGGGGCGCCAGGGUUCAAUGACUCUUACAACCCGCCGAAGUCUGAGCCAGCGCCAGUAGACACGGAACAGGACGAGACCCUGGGCCCACUGGAGGCGCCGUACCCGAGUCCCGCGUAUAAACGGAAUUAUACGAUCGGACUGCUGCACGGGUACGAACUGUGGAACGAGUGGGGCGAGCCUUUCACGCUGUACCCUCAGUUGCCAUGGGACCCGACCGUGACGUCGGAGGCCCGCUUCGCCGGGUCCGGCGCCGGGUUCCGGCCGCUGGGCGGCGGCGCGGGCGGCGCCGGGCGCGAGCUCGGCGAGGCGCUGGGCGGCGACCGGCCGCGCGAGCAGUUCACCGUCGUCAUCCUCACGCACGAGCGCGAGCCCGUGCUGGCGGCCGCGCUCGCCCGGCUCAGGGGCCUGCCGUACCUCAAUAAGGUAGUGGUCGUGUGGAACGGGCCGUCGUCUCCCGCCAACAUGGCCAGCUGGCCGGAGUCCGGGGCUCCCGUGGCGGUGAUCCGCGCCUCUAAGAACUCCCUCAACAACCGGUUCUUGCCGUAUCAUGUCAUAGAGACGGAAGCCGUGCUGUGUGUGGACGACGACGCUCAUUUGAGACAUGAUGAAAUCGUGUUUGCCUUUAGAGUGUGGCGGGAACACCGAGAUCGUAUAGUAGGUUUCCCUGGACGAUAUCACGCUUGGGAUCUAAAUUUCAACAAUGGAUUUUUGUAUAACUCAAACUACAGUUGCGAGCUCAGCAUGGUUUUAACUGGAGCGGCGUUCGUCCACCGCUACUACUUGUGGGCGUACUGGCGCGUGCUGCCGUCCGCCGUGCGAGACUACGUUGACGAGUACAUGAACUGCGAAGACAUCGCCAUGAACUUCCUUGUUUCUCACAUAACUAGGAAGCCUCCUGUUAAGGUCACAUCACGUUGGACCUUUCGCUGCCCUGGUUGCCCUGUAACUCUCUCCGCAGAUGAGACGCACUUCCACGAGAGGCAUAAAUGUAUACAGUUCUUUUCUCAGGUUUUAGGCUACACCCCUCUGCUAUCAACGCAAUACCGCGCCGACUCCGUCCUGUUCAAGACGCGGAUACCGCACGACAAACAGAAGUGUUUCAAGUUUAUAUAGUGCCAUAGUGUUAUUUGCAUUUUUCUUAUACCCAUUAUUAGGCUAUAUUCUCACCAAAAAAUUACCUUUUAUUUCAAUCAUAAGGUUUAUGUUCUAACUUAAGGCAAAAUUUCACUGCGUUACCGUUAAGCGGCCCAGUUUAAGAGGUGCUCACAUUAUGCCAGAUCCGGUGUGAAGGAAAUCCAGUGAGCUAAAAAGAAGUGUGCCUGGAAAUCUGCCAUGCCGAGUAUUGAAAACGUGGCUGUACUGUUUUUUUGAAAUAAAUUAUGCUUUAUUUCUAUUUGAUGGUGCGAUAUGUUGGUUGAAAAUAAAGAGAAAAAAAGAAUAAGCACCUAAAUCAUGGAAUUGUUAAUAGUACACAAGCGGAAUGUUUUUUUGACGAUUUUGCUGUUUAAUUUACGAACAAUCGUAGUUAGCAAAGUGUAUAUAGUUAAAAAAAUGAUUUGUUUGUUAAAGUAAGAGAGACACAAGAAGUUAGAAAUAAGAAAAGUUUCCAAUAAUAAUAUUCUAUUUAUUGAAAGGAAACGAUGUUAUAUGUAAAAUGAAAUUUUCUCUAAGAAAAUAUGUUGUUCAAUUUAUGCAGAUUGAAUAAUAUCAACGAAUGUUUAUUUCAUUUUGCAUUUAAUUUGUAUGUACUGAUUAGGACAGUGCACUAAGUAUAUACUAGUACACCAAGAGUAAGUAUCAAGUAGUUAAUUUAUAAAUUUAAUUUUUUUUUACAAAAAAAUAAAUUAAACAUGUUCAGCUAUAUCAGAUAAUUAGGUAAUGUGUUAAAAUAAAAUGAUAAUAUUUAGGUCUUUAAUAAUCAGUCUGCUAGUCAUUUCAUCACACUCAUUCUAAUUUUUAUAUUUUUACCAGUUUUAUUAAUGUCAUCUUUUUUAUAUUAAUGUUUUUUAUGCAAGUAGGCAUCACUUUUGAAAGUUAGAAAAGUAUGUUGAUGAACAAUUUUUUUUACAUAAUUUGAUUUUACAUUUUUAGUUUUGCCCUAAACAUAAUCAUGAUGAAAUCAUUGAAAUAAAUGUACGUAUUUAUAAAAAAAGAAAUGGUUUUAUUUUAUAUACAGUUCAGUUUCAG